AACCUUGAGAAGAGUCUCCUUCAAUCUGCUGUUAGUAACUAACACACACACUCACUCACACCGAGACUCAAUUACUGCCCAAUUCCUUUCUUUAUCAUCUGUUACCGGCCUCUUUCAAAACGAAAUCGAAAAGAGGCUAGAAGGCUACACGAAGUAUUACUUGAAACAAAAUCCCGUUGGAAAUAAGUAUUAGUGUCGAAACUAAAGAUAUGGAGUCUGGAGAGCGGCUGGCCUCCCCCGCGCCCCCCACCGCUCGCACCUCCUCCCCUGCUGCCUCCUCCUCCUCUUCCUCCUCCUCGUCCCCGGCUCCCCACUCCAAGAGCAGUCUGGCCCCCAGCCCUGCAGCCUCACUGGGAUCUACCCUCAGCACCUCUGGUCGUUUGUAUGGGGCGAUGAGCGACCAGCAGCCCUACACGUUGUCAAGUGCCUUCCCCCUGGUCAGCCACCCAGCUUUCGGCCUGUACACCACCAGCUCAGGACGCCCAGAGUUUGGAGGCCUGGGGUCGUUGGGGUCCCUGGGUUCUCUGGGGUCCUUGGGGAUGUCUGCUGCCCUGGCCGCACACCCCCAGCUGGGAGCUCUGACAGAAUGGUGGCGAGCAGCAGAGGCCCACAGUAGGGGGGCAGCAGCCUUCCUCCCCCCGUUCCUGGGCCUCCCCACAAUGUUCACCCCCCACAUCCAGCAGAACCACAGCCCCAUGCAACCCCCCUCCAGGACCCCCAGCAAAAACGGACAGACCCCCAAAGGGGUGAACGGGGCAGUGAACGGAAGUGGGGUCUGCUCCCCAACCAUGCAGGGGUCUUACUCCAUGAACGCGUCCCCAUCCCUGGGUGCCUCCCAGGCUGUUAAGGGCCCCAACUCCAAGGCCAAGGACCCCAGGAGCAGCCCUCACAGCCAGAGCCACACAGCAGAGCUACAGCUGGAGAAAGUACCCCGCAAACCUAAGGACAAGAAGCCCAGUAAAAAGCCAGCAGAGUUCGCUGGGGUCAGUGACAGCGAAUCAGGCUCUUCCUCGGACAGCUCCAGCGACGGAGCCAUCAGCAGCGACCUGGAGGACCUCGGAGGGGAAGAGGAUGACGACGAUGAUGACGACGACGAUGAUGAGGAUGAGGAAGAGGAGGGAAAGAGCGAGGCGUGGAACUCUGAGAAGGAGAAGGCGAGGCGGACGAAGAAAAAAAUGAAGAUCGGGACACUAAGCUCAGGCAUGAAGGAGGCCCAAGACAAGAGGAACAACCUGCCCCACAGCCUACCCUCCGACCCCCCCAUCCUGGUCCCCUCACAGCACUGCCCCUCUCCUCCUACCCUGUCCCAGAGCUCCCCCCUGUCCCUCCAGACCUCCCGGCCCAGGGAGGAGGGUCUCCAGCAGCACCUCAGUGUCAUCCAGUCCACGGGUCUAGCAGCCAGCUCCAAGCCCCUUGCCCUCCUCACCCAACCCCGCAGGGAAACCUCCCCAUCACCCCUCUCUGCCUCGCCAAUCCCCCUCAUCACCUCGCCCAAAGGACGCACCACAUCCUCCCCCAAGCCGCCCAAGCUCCUGCCCUCCUCGCCGCAGAACCUGCCCCUGUCCCUCUGCACUUCCCUGUCCCGCUCCGUACCCCUGUCCUCCUCGCCUCAAUCCUUCCCUCUCCUCACGUCGCCCAUGGCCAACUCCCAGCAGCCCAAGCCUCUGAAGACACCUGGCAGUGGGAAGGCUAGUAAGAGGAAGUUGCUGGAGGAAUCACUCUCUCAGAUCAACGAAUUCAGGCUCAAACAGUCUUUACUCUCGCAAGGCCAGACGUUCCCGGCGGCGCAGCCCAAGAAGCAGCAGGGUCACAAAACCUCUAGGAAGGCUGCUGGGGUGACGUCAUCCUCCUUGCCGCCCCCCAAGCUGUCCUCCUCGGAGAGUCCGUGUGGUGGUGGCAGAAGCACCAAGUUGCCCCCUGCUCCCCUCCCCCCUCCCCCCCAGAACAACCACUCCAACCUCUUCCUGUCCAGCGCUCUCCUGGGCCUGGCUGCCCACCCCAACGGAGUCAUCCAAAGCACCACCGCUCAGGACGCGCCGCUAGCCCUUAUCACCAAGCCCCGCAAAGACUCCAACAAGGACCUCUCUGGGGCAGGGGCGUCCCUCUCGCUGCCCGUCAACCUCAGCACCGGCGGAAGGGYCCACUCGGCCUCCUCUCAGGSCCCCCCGGCGCGGCCCGCUACCUCACCCUCACCGGCCACGGCMCGGGGCCCCAGGAAGAUCAAGGCCCCCAAGRCCCCUAAGCUCCAGGCCCCUAACCUCCAGGUUCAGGCCCAUGCUCUGGCCCCCAUGGCAGCCUGGAAGGGCCUCUCUCAGAGUCACCUGGUGCAGUCUCUGGUGGACCUGUUCAGAGGGGCCGAGGCCGGCCUCCCAGGUCUCCCCGGUCUCCCUAGCAGCAAGGACUCGGAUGACUCUGUUGAGGAUGACGACGACGACGACGAUGAUGAUCUGGAUGAUUUGGAGGAUGAUGAGGAGGACUCGGAUGACAGCUUGUCAGAUUCUGACAGUAACUCGGACAGCGACAAGGACGYCUCCGGUGGCAAACUGAAGGACCCGAAGCUGAAGCUGCCAUCGUCAGGCUCCGCCUCCAAGAGGGAGAAAACCCCACUCAAGCUAACCAAAGGCCACGCCUCCUUACUGAGCGACUCAACCAAUCACACAGCCGCCAGCUGCUCCCCGCUCAACCUGCAGGUCAUCAAGACGCCCAACAUCGUCACCAGCUCCAGUGCCUUGGCCUAUCACAGCUCUCCUUCCUCUUCCUACUCCCUGGUCACGCCCCCAGGCGCAGGGAAAAGAAAGAGGGUGAUGGAUGAGCAGGAGUUGAGGAUACCUCUGGAGUUGGGCUGGCAGAGAGAAACGCGGAUCAAGAGCGCGUCCGGGAAGAUGCAAGGCGACGUGGCGUAYUACGCGCCAUGCGGGAAGAAGUUGAGGCAGUACCCAGAUGUGGUGAAGUAUCUAUCCAGAAAUGGAAUAAGUGGCAUCACACGCGAUAAUUUUAGCUUCAGUGCAAAGAUAAUGGUUGGUGACUUCUAUGAAGCCAGAGAAGGACCCCAGGGUCUGCAGUGGAGCCUGCUGAAGGACGAGGAUGUCAUCCCUCAUAUCCUGGCCAUGGAGGGCCGGACGCCGGCCCCAACUCAGAGCGCCAGCGCGGGGCCGAGGGGAAAGGGCUCCCGGAGGAGGAAGGGCCGGCCCCCACGUGGGAGAGGGUCUGGGGUUGGGGCAGAGGCGCCUAGCCCCAGCGAGGCCAAACUCUUACGCAAACUGGAGGCCCAAGAGAUAGCCAGGCAGGCGGCCCAGAUGAAAAUGAUGAGGAAGCUAGAGAAGCACCAUGGCCAGGCAGCCAAAGAGGCCAGGAAGCAACAAGCCAUCAUGGCGGCCGAGGAAAGGAGGAAGCAGAAGGAGCAAAUGAAGCUCAUCAAGCAGCAGGAGAAGAUCAAGCGUAUUCAGCAGAUCAGGUUGGAGAAGGAGAUGAGGGCACAGCAGAUCCUGGAGGCUAAACGGAGAAAGAAAGAAGAGGUUGCGAAUGCCAAAAUUAUGGAGGCAGAGAAACGAAUAAAGGAGAAAGAAAUGCGAAGACAGCAUGCAGUCAUUUUGAAGCACCAGGAGUUGGAGAGGCAUAGACUAGAUAUGGAGAGGGAGAGGAGACGGCAACAUGGGAUGCUCAUGAAGGCGGUGGAGGCUCGCAAAAAAGCAGAGGAGCGCGAGCGCUUGCGGCAGGAAAAGAGGGAUGAGAAACGCCUGAACAAGGAGCGGAAAUUGGAGCUGAGGAGGCUGGAACUGGAGAUUGCCAGGGAGCUGAAGAAGCCAAAUGAAGACAUGUGUCUGGCCGAUCAUAAGCCUCUUCCAGAGUUUUUCAGAAUCCCUGGCCUGAUCUUGCCGGGGGGUGCGGUGUCUGACUGCCUGAUGCUGAUGCAGUUCCUACGCGGCUUUGGGAAGGUGCUGGGCUUCGAUGUGGGGGUGGACGUACCCACCCUGGGCAUGCUGCAGGAGGGCCUGCUCAACGUGGGAGACAGCAUGGGACACGUCCAGGACCUGCUGGUCAGACUGCUCUCCCUGGCCGUGUGUGACCCAGGACUGCCCCCAGGACACAAGACCAAGACCAUGCUGGGGGACCAUCUGACCAACGUGGGCAUCAACCGGGACAACGUGUCGGAGGUGCUGCAGAUGUACAUGGGGGCCCAUUGCGGGCAGACUGAGCUGGCUGAGCUGGCCCUCAGCCUGAAGACCAAGGCCUUCCAGGCUCACACCCCCGCCCAGAAGGCCUCCAUACUAGGCUUUCUGGCCAAUGAGCUGGCCUGCAGCAAGAGUGUCGUCAGUGAGAUCGACAAGAACCUUGAUCACAUGACCAACAUGAGGAAGGACAAGUGGCUGAUCGAGGGCAAACUCAAAAAGUUGAGGACCAUCCAUGCCAAACGGACCGGAAAGAGAGAUGCCAGCAUGGGAGGGGAGGAGGCCCAGCCCCUGGGUACGCCCUCCUCUGGCCUCAAACGCAAGAGAAAGGCCGGAGCAGAAAGCGACGACGACGAUGAUGAAGACGAAGACAGCGAUGACCUGGCCGAUGAAGAUGACGAGGAAGAGGAGGAGGAGAUGAAGAAGGCGAAGAAAGUGGAAACGUGUGACGAGGACGAUGGGGACCAAUCAACUAGUGUGGAGGAGCUGGAGAAACAGAUAGAGAAGCUAGCCAAGCAACAGCACCAGGUGAGGAGGAAGCUGUUUGAGGCGUCCCACUCCCUGCGCUCCAUGAUGUACGGCCAGGACCGGUACCGCCGGCGCUACUGGGUUCUGCCCCACUGCGGAGGGGAAGCCCGCAAGCCAAGGGCAGGGACCCCCCGCCCCAAAUACAACGGCAGCCCCAGGCCACCGUCUGUCACCACGACAACAAAAACAGCACCACUAUCUGAUCCCACCAACAACGCCUCUCUGCCCGCCUUACCUACAAGCCCCUGUGCGUYGACGGCGCSGAACCUGCCGUGCGAGGAGGCCAARCCCGGCUWCCYCACCUCCACCUCGUCYCCCUCCUCGUUCUCCUCYCUYCUGAGCCCCCCACCCCAGCUUUUCAGCCCUAUGAAGACCUCCACCCUAACCCCUACCCCUCCACAGCUCCAGUACCUCCCCAGUGACCAGCUCCUCAGGGUCCUGACAGAGAGGAGCGGUCACUGGUUCAGCCUGCUUCCCCGCUCCCCCUGUGACGACACCUCCCUCACCACCUCUCCCUCCCCUGGGCCCAGCCCUCUCCAGUCCUCCCCGCUGCCUUCCUCCAGCCUCACCCGGCCCAGGUCUCCCCCGGCCUCCCCCGCCCUGCCUCUCACCCCCUCGGCAGCGUCGGCCUCAGCCAGCCCCCACCACCCAGCUGGCUUCAUCAACUACCCUCUGUCAGCCCUGCAGGUUAAGGCUGGAGGGUCGUUGCUGAGUCUCUCAGCGUUCUGCGGUGGCUGGCCCAGUGGAAUGCUGAGCCCCAGCCAGCUACCCUUCUGCAGCAGCCCCCUGCCAGGCCACUCGGGCCUCAGCUCCCUGGAGGGCAGUGCCAACGCGCCGCCCAGCGUCUCCAGCAAGAGCGAGUCGCCCGUUCCUCCCGGCGAGAAGCUCUCGUCCACGGUGCCCUCUCCCGCCAUGAUGGAGGUGCCCAAGCACUCGGACCACCCCACACCACGGCCCAUCCCCGAGGAGAUGCUGUCAGGCUGGUGGCGAGUGUCAGACAUUGAGGAGCUGCGCUCCCUGGUGGAGUCCCUCCACAGCCGGGGAGUCAGAGAGAAGGGCCUGCACCGACAGAUGCACAAAUACAUGGAGCUCAUCCCACAGGUCUGCACCAAGCACCGAGACGCGGCCAUGAUAGAGCUGUGUGAGCUUGGAGGAGAGCCAGUGGUCUUGCGUGUGGAGUCAGUGGUCGGGGGUGGUGGUGUGGAGGAGCAGGCCAUGGCGAUGGAACCCAAUCAGAGAGGGAGGACCUGGAUCUACCGAGAGACCAAAGCCCUCCCCAAACACAACAGCGGGGGCGCGUGCGACCAAAGACAAGCGGAGGACAAGGCGGACCCAGGCGGGCGGCGUGGUGCGUCACGGAAACCCCUCUGGAUCAUGCGGGUGACAGCGAUUGCGGACCUGGAGAGGAACAUCGAGAGAAGGUACCUGAGGAGCCCCUUAGGUACCACCAUUCAGAUCAGGCUGGAUAAUGUGGGGGCUAUCGGUACCGUCACUGUCCCCGCUCCCUCCAGUAGUGCUGAAAGGGAAGGGGGCGAGGAGGAGGUGGCCCAUGGGAUGAAGGUGUGGAGGAAGGCCCUGAGCGACGUCCGCAGUGCCGCCCAGCUGGCCAUGUGUCUCCAGCAGCUCCAGAAGUCCAUCGCCUGGGAGAGGUCCAUCAUGAAAGUGUACUGUCAGAUCUGCAGGAAGGGUGACAACGAGGACCUGCUCCUGCUGUGUGACGGCUGUGACAAAGGCUGCCACACGUACUGUCACAAACCCAAGAUCACCACCAUCCCCGAGGGGGACUGGUACUGCCCCGCCUGCAUAUCCAAGGCGAGCGGCCCAUCUCCCAAGAACAAGAAGCCGCCGAGCAAACCGGUGGCGGGUGGAGGCGGGAAGAAACCCACCGCUGCCGAGGCCAAGCGGAACGGGAAGCAGGCCGGCAACAGUAACGGUAACGUGGAGAUGUCAGAGGACGACUCGGCGAGCGCCAACAGCACCCCGAAGAAAGGAGGAGGAGCGAAAGAGCCCCCCAGCAGGAAGAGGAAAGGAGAAGAGAGUCCCGCCCCAUCUCAGGCCCCGCCCACACCCCAGACACCCAGUCAGGAGAGCCCUGUGGUGUGUGUGAAGAGAGCCAAAACAGCCAGAGACAACAACAGAGACCUGGGUUUGUGCAGGGUGCUCCUGGCUGAGUUGGAGCGGCACCAGGAUGCCUGGCCCUUCCUCAACCCCGUCAACACCAAGGGGAUCCCUGGGUACAGGAAGGUCAUCAAGAAGCCCAUGGACUUCGCCACCAUCAGAGAGAAGCUCAUAAGCAGCCAGUAUCAGAAUCUGGAGACUUUCAUUAUUGACGUCAACCUGGUUUUUGAUAACUGUGAAAAGUUUAAUGAAGACAAUUCAGACAUYGGGCGAGCGGGACACAACAUGAGGAAGUUCUUUGAUAAGAGAUGGACAGAGCUUCUCAAGCAAAUAAACUAAUCCAUCAGUUUGGGUGUUGUUUUACCGAUCAUCAUCACUGUCUCAAACCAGACCUCCAAUAACAUUAUUUGACAUUUCAUAGCGGAGGCACCACGUUUUGGGUACAACAAGAUGAUGAUGCUGGUCCGUCUGUACCUUUGGGACGAACCCGGGGCGGUUAAAGUGAAAUGUCAACAGACAGACUUGUAACGCUGGUGUUGCUACAGUACAACAGGGAUCCGAACACCCAAAGAGUCCCACACAAUGUCAACCGGGUGUCUUAGUGCAAUACCAUUUCCUGUUCAAGAUCAUUGCACUGAAUCCUCAUCCUKCUCAACCACCCRAGAUGCAUCUGCGGUAGAAUACUUUCMACUACUUGUAAAUAGACGUUUUAUUUUUAUUUAAUCGUAUUAUAGUGAAUGUAUUUAAUUUUUUAAUAAUUAUUUAUGAAUCAAUAAAUAAAUAAAAUAAAAAAGGUCCACAUCAUUUUCUAUGAAAAGGAAGAAUCAGCUCCACUGCUUUGAAUCGAAAGGAAUGUCUGUCUUUGUGUUUGACUUUUUAUUUUAUUUUUUUCCCAAAUAUGAAACAAAGCCAAGAAAUGUUUUUACUGUUUACACUGUUCUAUGCUUUUGGGCACCAGAGGACUGUAAUCAUUACGUUAAAACUGUACAACUGCAUUUAAUUACAAAAAUUGCAGAAAAACAGUCAGACAAUGGUGAUACAUGUGUAUAUACUGUUUAUUAAUGUCAAUAUUCAAGUCUUGUUUGGAACGAAUUGUUUAAAAUAUCAGAUAUUGUUUAUGCCUUAGAAUGAUUGUAGCAUUCUAUUCUAUUUUAGUGAAAGUGAUAAAAAAAACAUUAUAAAUAUUGUUUGUACAAUAUAUACAUAUCCUCUGCAAACACUGUGGUAUCCUUAAUCUUGGUAGUGCCUACCCUUCCAACAGGGGCGUAGGGGAUAUAAUUUUUUAGUUUUUUCCAUUUUUAUGAUGACAUUAUUUUUUAUAUAAUUUCAAUCCAACAUGGCCUCCAAAGUCUGACAGUGACACAGUAAUCWUUCCUCUCCAUACAGAAAGAGAAAAACAAACAAACAACGUUUAAGUAUUUUUUUUGUCUUUUUUUCCAUGAAACAUUUCCCCACAUCUGCCUUGCCACAGUACAGAGGACGUAAGGCCAUUUGUAACCACUGUGUUUGAAUCUUGCUGUGUGUCGUGGCCUAAUGGAGGCAGCUAGAGUUUUUUGUACCCAAGUCAGAGUACUUGAAGUUACUUUAUUUAAGAUAUUGUGRAAAAAAARUAUCAUUCUUUUUGUAGGAGCUUUAUUUUUCACUAGUGUGUGGCACGGACCUAUUAAAGGAUGUUUUUCAACCUA